GGUCAGAUCUCCUACACCACACCAAUCAUGGACGUAUUCUCCACAUCCCAGAUCUUCUACGACAGCACCUGUGCCUCGUCCCCUGAAGAUUUGGACUUCGGCCCCGGAGGGGAACUGACCGGGUCUGAGGAGGACGAGCACGUCCGGGCCCCCGGUGCUCCGCACCAGCCGGGUCACUGUCUGCAGUGGGCUUGCAAAGCUUGUAAGCGCAAGUCCAGUACGGUGGACCGCCGGAGAGCCGCCACUAUGAGGGAACGCCGCAGGCUGAAGAAGGUGAACCACGCGUUUGAGGCACUACGACGAUGCACCUCGGCAAACCCCAGCCAGCGUCUUCCCAAGGUGGAGAUCCUGAGGAACGCCAUCCAGUACAUCGAGAGCCUUCAGGACCUGCUAAGGGAACAGGUGGAAAACUACUACAGCCUGCCUAUGGAGAGCAGCUCUGAGCCUGCCAGCCCCUCCUCGAGCUGUUCUGAAAGCAUGGUUGACUGCAACAGUCCUGUAUGGCCUCACAUGAAUCCAAACUGUGGGAAUAACUACAACUUUAAUGCACAGAAUGCUAGUCUGGUGGCCAGAACUCCAGGAGCGUCUAGUUUGCAGUGUCUGUCCAGCAUCGUGGACCGGCUGUCCUCUGUGGACACGGGAAUUGCAGUGGGAAUGAAGAACAUGGUCGCUCUUUCUCCGACUGGAAGUGAUUCCCAGUGCAGUUCUCCAGACAGUCCCAGCGACAGACCAGUCUAUCACGUCCUGUGAGAGGGAGCGAGACACACAGGGCAUGUUCAUUUUGGAUCAUUUGUUAAUGCUUUCCGAAACCAAUAAGAGUGUAGUAAUUUCAAACCUCCAUUCAGCACAAUUACAAAGGUUUGCCCUCAAAUUGAAAUGCAAACAAAAAUGUGUGCAUUCUUUCUGGGCCUGGUUAUAGGUUUAUGUCGUCAGGCUUUAACUUAACUGUCUUAAAAAAAAAAACAAAUAUAUCACAUUAGAAUACAAACAAUGGAUAUUAAUGUGUUGGCUGACUAUGUAGCUUAACUAUAUUGUCAUUGGUUUUAUUUAUCAAUAAUAAUCGCUGUGGUACUUUUUUUAUUUUUAUUUUUUUUUGUAUAGGCCUACUUGAUGUUGUCCACCAUCUUGUAAAUAAGAUUGUACAUAAUUUUAAAUGACUGUUAUUGUAUUCAGGUAAUGUUUUUCUCUGUCAUAUUUAAUGCACAUUGUCACAUAAAAUGACUUUUUCUCCAAUAAUAAAUCUCAAAAAGUUGUAUUUAA